AUGACACCUCAGCAGAAGUCAGCUGCGCAUCUACCUUUGCUAUAUAAUCCAUUUCUCAACUGUAUUUUCAACAAUCCCUACUACAACAAGGCUCCAUUCAAACAGACCAUAGAGGAAUUGGCCAGAAACCACAAUGACUUCACCAUUCUUGUACCUCCAGCACAUGUAUUACAUCACUGUUAUGACCCAGCGACAGAGUUAUCUUCUCAUAAGGUACUUCUUCGAGAAUUGUGCUAUAACAAUGAAGAAUUCAUACGAUCACACAUCAUCAGAACAGGCACUUCCUAUUCGUCUACCAUCACUCCCAUAUCAAAAGUUCAGCUGGUAAUAUAUAAUACCAUGAGUGGCAAACAGGUGCUUUUUAAGAAUGGUAUGGUUUUCAUGGGCAAAGGAUUCAAGAGGUCAUUGAAGUUGAACGUUUUACUGUUCCAGUACUUUAGCUCCUUCUGUGACUACUUCCCCAAAGGGAGCAAGUUUAUGAUUUUGUACGUAGAAGACUGUUUGAUCGGGAGUUUCGAUCCUCACCAACAUCUCAGUAGAAUUCCCCAAGAUGACGAAACAAGUAGUCAGAGAUCCGUUUCGCAGCAAGAAGUCCAGGAUUCUAUCACCUUUGAAAAGCUUCUUCGUAGUUUCCCGUUGCUUUCAAAAGCAGUAUCAGAGCGAUUCUACAGAUUGUUUCAUCAUAAUAAUCACCAGUUUAGAGUAUUGCGUAUAAAUACGAGAAAGAAGCUCGAACACAUCAGAAUCGAGUUCCACAGUAUGCUUGACGAAGCUUACAAAAUUAUCCAAGACAGUAUCAAAGUAGAAAACCCUGAUAGCGAACAAACCUAUAACAUAAUAAACCACAUUCUCAGCAUAUAUCCGGGGCUAGACUUAAACCGUUUGGUACAUGAUUAUGUGGAACUAAAUCUCUACGAUAAAUUGUGGGCGCAAUUGCUAUUCCAAUACAACUACCCUAACGACGACAAACAGAGUUAUGACCCAGAAGCAGUCAAAUUCUUAACAGCAGAGACAUACAACCGCUUAUCAUGUUUAGCUCUAAAUCAGCUAGAUAUACCGAUCUUUAAGCCUUGGCAGAUAAACACUUUACAAGAGAAAGUUGCUCUAGCUAUAGAGGAGUUCUCUAAGCUAGCUGACUCUUCAAUUGUUAACCUGACAGCGAAGACAAAAAUCAUCAUCAAUACUGUAAAUAUAUUAUCAGACUUGAAGUCAGGCUCAGACUUCGUAAUGGAUGCAGAUGUGCUCAUUGGUCUUUUAAUCAUGGUUAUUGUGCAUUCCAAGAUAGAUAACUUGGAAGCGCACCUCUACUAUAUCAAAAACUUCAGCGCUAUAGAUUACUCUGGUGAUGGUCAUUUCAACUACAUCAUGAGCAACUUGGAUGCUGUAUUAUUUCAUCUAUCUUCAUCUCUUAGUGAUGAAUUAUCUGAUUUGAUUGUACAUUCACAACAGAACUUUGAAUUCUGGUCUGCCAUACAGCAGGGUGACGUCGACGCCGCUAAGACGAUGUUAGAUGAAGUUCAUGAAAAUUAUGUAGGCAAGGAAAUACCCUCAAGUCAUUAUCUCAAAAGCAAAAAUAUCAAUGGAGAGAGCUGUAUCAUGUUCGCCAUCAAGGCGAAAAACUUCAGCAUAUACGACAUGCUCAUCAACGAGCACCCUAAUUGGUUCAGUAUUGACGAGCUCUUGUUUGACAAGAAUAUCAUUACUAAUCAGAACCUAGUGAUGGUUGCACUUGCGGACGAAUGUCCUGAAAUUGCUACCGAUUUAGUAAAUGUGAUCCUCAGUAGCGCCACAAAAGAGGAACAGGUUGCUUAUUUCAACUCUGUGGAUAAUGCUGGUAGAUCUGUGGGACAUUACUUGUUCCAUAACUACAAGCUAAUGGGCAUACUAGGUGAUAUAAUCGACUGGGAGUUGAAAGAUCUUAACUCGCAUACGCCGCUAUUUAGCAUAUGUCGAUGUUACGAUCAUCCUAACUACCCAACCUUGAUCUCCGAAGCAUUUGCAUGUGUAUACCAAAAGUACGGCGGAGAAAACAUCAAUUUUGAUAAACAUAUAGACAAAUCUGGAAAUACUUUGUUGCACAUCAUUCUAAAGAAUAUUCCAGAGUCGCAGUUAUUAUCGAGGAAGGAGAAUUUGAUUUCCGUCAAUCAGCAGAGCAGCAAGUAUAUGACUCCUUUGACUCUAUAUGUAAAAUACUAUCGAUUGGAGAAUCUUAAAGAUUUGCUACAAGACAAUAGGCUUGACUUUUUACUUGAAGAUUCAAAGAAUUGCUACAAUGUUUUUGACUAUUUUGGGUUUCUGUCCAUGAAGUCCACGAUUCCAAAUGAGACGUUCAAAAAAAUCGAAAGUCUCAUAUUUGGAUUCUACAUAGACAACUUUUUACCUAAAGUGGAUUGCAAGAAACUAUUUUCUCUCAAUGCUAAGUAUGACCAGAACAAGCGAGAUUGGUUUAUAUUUUUCCGCGAUUCUGAUGGUAUAUCUAAUCAUAAAUCAUUGGAGAUGCUUAAACAGAUUAUCUAUUUCAUCAAACUCGACAAUCCUUGUACAUACCUACCAGAUAAGGACGUCGUUUGGUUGAACUAUGGGUUGGGCUCAACAACUCCGUAUUUCCACAAAUAUAGAAUCAACAGAUUGAUCGACACACUAAAUUUAUUCUUCACAGGAUUGUUAUAUCGAAAUGGAAAUUGCUAUUUCGAAAGGUUUCUAGAAACAGGUAGAGACAGAGAAAGACUGACCUUAGACUUUAUUCAAGAAGCUAGUUUACGUCAAGAAAAGAAAAGAGCAAAUUUGGGAGUUGUUAAAUUGAAGUCCUCUCAGAUCGACGAGAUAGAAUUCUUCUUGACUUUUGCAAUUUCCGAUUUGUAUAAAUAUAAAGAUGCACUUCAUAAGUUUGGUAAGUUGAGUGCUAUUGCUGAUAUGAAGCAGACCGAUAUCAGAACUGUGUAUUUAUCUGCACUAAAGAAGCUAGUAGAUAGAGAAGGUAAUUACACAGAUGAACUUAAACUGAAAGUGCCAGUGGAAGCGGAAAUUCAAGAUUCAUGCUGGGGCGGUUUCCAUUCUUAUGUGUUCUGGUUGCAAAUCUCGUUGGAUGAAUUGUUGAAGAGUGUCAACAAGAUCCUAGAGGAGAUCAGAACAUGGAAGGAACUUUACAGUUCAAUUCGAGAACUUAACAGCGAAUUGCAUCAAAUCGAAGAAAAAUCCCCAAGCAAUAAUAAUGGUGGAUCACUCAGUAGAAGAAGUACUUUCUCUAUAGAGCCGAUUCCGGAGUUGGACUUUGAAGACGAUACCACCAGUGCGUUUUUCAACUUCAGUAACAUUAUUGAGAGUAAAAAAGCGAGGUAUAAGAAGUUGCUCAUGACAAAGUCCGAGAAAGUGAAGCAGAUCAUGAAGCUCAAUGUAGAUAUCAAAUGGGAACACGAAGUUGUCGCUUCUGAGAUUUCUAGUUUUCUCAAGUUCAGAUGUGACUUUCUCCGAUUCGGUGUCAAGACUUAUGUCAACAGCGAGACGAAGAGAAUACGCAACAAUAGCAUAGAGUUACGGAAGUUGUUGCGGGAUGUGAAAAAUAAUGGAAAAAGUUAUAGAAAGUAA